CAAGAAAAGCCAAGAAAUUACUGCAGGGAAACCAAUGUGGACCAUACGUUAAACUACAACCAUCCAAGAACAGUUCGAUAUUUUCAUAGUUUUUUUGUUUUAUCUUCGUUACACACACUUGAACCGCGCCUUGCUACAAAACACUUCAAAACGGCGCACUCUGCUCCCGUUGAUUGUUGAGUUAAUAUUUAGAAAGAAGAAGAAAAUUAUAAUCACCACCGCGCACUCCCGGAGCUGUUGAUAACGCGGCUGGGUUGCGUGCCAUUGUGUGCGUGUGAAAUUAGCCCAGCGGUGUGUAGUACACGCGAAUCGGGGCUUCAGCGCAAAGAUGCUCAAACCGCAUCAACAAUGGUCAACUCGGGACAGCGGCCGGUCGUGCUCGUAACUAACAAGGAAACGCCGGAAAAGGGUAUCAACAAACUAAAGCUAAAGGCUGAUGUAAUCUUCCCGAAAAGCCAUCCUGCCACACGCGAGGAAGUGCUCGAGCUGGCGGGCCAGGUCGAUGGCAUCAUGUGGGUCGGCCAUAUGCCACUGAACGGUGAGGUGCUGGAUCGGGGCGGUUCCCGCCUGAAGGCGAUCUCCACCAUGUCGGCCGGCAUGGAUUACGUGGACGUGGAGGAGUUCCGGAAGCGCAAGUUCCCGCUCGGCUACACCCCAAUCGUGCUAAACGAUGCGGUGGCCGAUUCGGCCAUCGGGCUCAUGAUUGCCGCCGGUCGGCGCUACCACGAGGGCCGGCUGGCCAUCGAUCAGUCACAGUGGACGGGCGGCCCGCAGUGGCUGCUCGGGCAGGACAUUAAGGGCAGCACGGUGGGCAUCAUCGGGCUGGGCGGCAUCGGGCAAACGAUUGCGAAACGCCUCAAAGGGUUCGACAUUGGGCAGCUGCUGUACACGGGCCGUCGGCCCAAGCCGGAAGCGGAAGCGCUCGGCGCCAAGCUGGUACCGCAGGACGAGCUGCUGCAGGAGAGCGACUACGUGUUCAUUACCGUACCGCUCACGAACGAAACGCGCCACAUGAUCAACGAGAGCACGCUGGCCAAAAUGAAACCGACCGCCGUGCUGAUAAAUGUGGCCCGUGGUGAUAUCGUCGAUCAGCGGGCACUGGUGGCGGCACUCAAGAACGGUACGAUCUUUGCGGCCGGAUUGGAUGUGGUGUCGCCGGAACCACUGCCCGCGGACGAUGAGCUGUUGCGCCUUCCGAAUGCAGUUGUUAUCCCCCACCUGGGCUCGGCCACCGUGCAGACACGGAACAAUAUGGCGGAAAUUGCUGCAUUGAACGUGCUGGCCGGCAUCGCGGGAACACCCAUGUUCUCCCCCUAUCCGUAUUAAUCAUUCUAUUACAGUGUGUUAUAGCGAAUAGAACAAAAAAGAGCCGGCAUUUGUUUUUGCACCCCGUUUUGCAUUUGACCAACCAACUAAUACUUAACUUUAGGCAACAACGACUUAGAGCGAAGGCAGCAUUAUUCGGGAACAAAGAUACUAACAAUGAUACAAAAAAGGCUGAAGUAGAAAAUA